GUUCAUCCUCAUGGUUCUCGCUGUAGUAGUGGAUUUUGAUCUUGAAAAUGACAUAAAAUAUUUAGGCUAGUACAAGAUGCUUUAUUUGCCCACUUCUACAGUCGGUCGAGUUGUUGCUCUGCUAGGAGGUUUCCUUUGCUCACCCAAAAUAACGCCUUUUUCGACAUUGCUUCCAGAUGAUCGCCGAGAUGAAUUCCCGAUACCUCUAAUUGAACAAGCAGCUUCCAGAGCAGGCGGCGCUGGUGGGACAGUCACGAAAGGGACGAACGCAGGUGGUCGACAACAUGAGGAUGAAGAACAUGAAGAUAUUGUUGUGCACAGUUGUGGACGUCGUUCCAAAUAUCCUCGAAUCGCGAAUCAUGGCGUUUUGAAGAAUAGAGGAAGGUAUGCCAGCAGCGUUUUCGUCCUAGCCCAAGGAAGCUCUGAUGAAGAUGAUACAAACCCUAAAGACCGUCCAAAAAUCCAGCAGAGUCAGUCGUGGUUAUCAGACGAAGAGAUAGUGGAGUUUGAGCGAGCCAAACAUGUUGGGGAGUUUAGGAAGCCCAUUCAUUCGCAUGCCCCAGAACCAGGGAGCUAUACGAUGGGUGGGGAAGUAGUAGUUCCUUGGAAGUUUUGCUCUAUAAAGAUGCUCUAAGCCAGGCAAGGCUAUGCGUGCGGUUUCAUUUGUCUAAACCAUGCGCGAUGCUACGAUCUUUAUCAUAUGUGGUUCUGUUUUACUGUUCUUACAUCUGGAUUUGCGUAGCCGAUGGAAGUAGUUCCCAUCCAUAGAUUAGUCCUUCCCACACAGGUCCUGGCAAUCUUAUCGGGGCUGGCUACCGAGAAAAGGAAACAACAGCUGUUGUGAGUGCCCUGCUAUCAUCGUCAGGAGAUGUUACGGUUUUAGAAGAAAACGAAAAGGACAUUACUGACAGAGCAGGAGAAGUAGACAGCGAGGAACCACACGAGGAUAGUCAUGAACUACUUGUAGUUUCUACUGGUGCUACAGAAGCAAAAAUCGCCCAUUGCCAGAAGUUGACGCAGCAUGCCACGACGUGGGUAAAAUGUCACCCAUCAGACGUUUUGCCAAGAGCUGUGCAUCGGAUGCUAUACGAGUUGGGCAAGAGCGAUUGCUCAGCCGUAGACUGGGCCACAGCACAAGUGAUUCUGCUUUUGUCUGAGGACAUCGCGAAUUCCAUCGAGAGGAUCGAAGCUUUGGACUUUCCGAGUGGUCGGGACCUUUUGUUCUCUGGAGACACGUCGUUGCUGUUCUUGAUUUAUGAAAAAGUACAUUCACAAAAAUCAUAAGAACAAAGAAGGCCUCCCUCCGCCGUUUUUUGUAACCCUUAAUAUGGCGUCAGGGCUCCUCUCCCAAGGAUUGGGGACUCGGGGGGACUCAGUCCAAGCGCCGCCAUCGGAGUCCCAACCAACCCUUGGGGGGGAUUUGGAGGGGAGGCGCUUUGGAGGGGAUUUAGGGUUUAGUGCAGACGAAACCUAUGGAUCUUCAAUCCCUGUUUGUUCACUGCCAAACUAAAUGUAGAUCGAUCUUCACAGUCUCUAUGUUCACAAUCUCUAACCACCGGACUGUCUCCGAGCCCGACUCUAUGCCGCUGGCGUCGACGGUCAACACCUGCACAGAAUAGACACAUACGAAACUGCAGGUAGAAAGAGAGAAGAGCUUUACGGAAAGAAGCCAACAAUCGUGCUGCAAGACGAUGAUGACCUGGAUCCAUCUGGUUCGUUCUCUGGGGAAGGGGACACAACAAAAUUACCUAGUGGCAUCGUCGACGUGGACACGACACGAGAGAUCAUGUCCAAAUCCGGACAGUGGCAACCAACAUCAAGUUCAAGGCGAAAUGAUAAACCCCAAGCAGAACAAGUCUUGUCAGAGGUGGUGAGACUGGACGAUGCAGGAGAAGACGGUGGGAUGGUGGAUGGUGGCGGACACGGAAGAGGAAGUACAACUACAGGUUCUAAGAAAGGAAAAAAGAAGUCUUUCUCGAUUCAGUAUCAUGGAGACCACGUCGCGAAGGAGACGUUGGAGUACUACAUCGAUAAGCAGCUAGAAGAACGAGAAGCAGAGAGUUUGCCUUACAUCAACAAAGCCCACUGCCGCACUUGUGCAAUCGAGGACGAUCGAAAAACAGGCGUCCAGAUUCGCGCUGCCGUAGUUUACGUGGUUUUGAAUCUCGACAACAAUGGCCCAGAGAUCCUGAAAGAUUUGCUGUUGGCUUUUCAUUGUGCAGAUAAACACUUGAAGUUUCCGAAUUCGUAUGACAUUCUGGUGCUUCACCACGCAUUUCGGGAGGAAGAGUUGUACUGGUUGCAGAUGCAUGCACCACACCAUAUAUUAAGGCUCAACUUUCAAUGGUCAUUGGGGUUGGUCACUGAGAUCGAAGAAGCGACCCCGUUAGAGACCAGGGGAAAAGGAAGGGAAAGGGGAGAGCUUUGAAGGGGGUCUCUUCCGUUCACCAUCAGUGACCAUUGAAUGCUGGGCUUUAAAUAUACGCGAAAAAAUGAAGCUGGUACCUUUGAAGGAUGAACACGUUUUGGAGUUAUGGGAAGGGUCAUUUUAUUGGAGAGGGUUUAGUUGUACCAAAGCAACUUCUAGCAUGUUGACCUAAGCGGAAGCAGUAACCUAAGCGCUAGUAACACGGAAUAAAAGCACUAAAGGCAAGUAAUAUGUGUUCAACUAGAAAAAAACAAAAAUAUGAGGAAAGCCAAAAACAAGAAACAUCAAAAGCUUGAUCCGAUCAUUUCGCAACAUUUAGCACAAUCUAUCAAUAGGUGGCUGUUAGAGUCCAGCAGCAGUUUUGCUUAUCGCCAGCACAUAGUAGUUCCUAUUGCGAGUGAGCUAGUUCUGACCUCCCAUCCGACUUCCAACCAACUCCAUUUUCAUAUCCCGGCGAUGCCGAUGGCAAAUACGGCUGCCGAUGCCCAGCUUGGGCACCGAGGUGUUGGGACAUUACUUGGAUGCGCGCAACCAGAAUUUUCACCGACCACAUGUUCUAUUACCUCUCUGGUGGUAACUAUGACUACUUCAUGCGCCUAGACAGCGACUUCUUCUUUGUCGCACAGCCAGAGUUUGACGCGAUCAAGAUGUUAUUAAGGCUUCUGCAAAUCCAUCUGAAAAAGCAUCAUACGAACGUUUUAAAGGGGAAAACGGUCCACAGUGCGUUUCAAGAUCGAUUUGCGGAAGCUCCAAUAUUAGCGGAAAAUAAGUGUGCCUUUGGCUACCACAGGCUGUCGAUUGAGGCACCGGGCUGUUUUGAUGACUUCGAGCGCUAUGUCCACGACUUUGCUGCAAAGUUGAAGGUAAAGAAAGAGGAAUACAUGCUGUCCGAAGGAGGUAGGCACUUCUACGCGACUUCUGAAGAUCAUAAGGCUUCCCCUAAUCCAUGUCUAGACGCUGUAUCUUGAAGGCGGUUUCAAGGCGAAAAUAAACACUCUCAGGAUGAUCUUCAAGAUGGAUUAGGGUAAGCUCUAAAGCUACUGCAUCUGCAGCCACUACGCCAUUAACGUCAUCUUCACCAUCAGCACUCAACAGUAGCAUAGGAGAAAAACCGGUACUAAAGGGAGACUCAAAGGAGUGGAAUAUUCGGAUGGGACAUGGUGUCGCAGCAGCUGGCGGUCAAUGGACUGUGGGAGACAUGCGACUUUUUGUUAAGGCUGCGACGCCUUUUAGUACUAACUUUUUGCACUCCAGCACGACCUUUUUCUUCUAAUCCUCGCUCAGCCGUGUAUCAGCAUUUCUCCCGUGGUGCCAAAGACGGCGUUUUUCAGAACCGAUGGGCGGAUCAGCUGCUCUUCGCCGCUGCAACGAUAGUCUUCGGGAAUCGCCAAUUCUGCUUUCAUCCCAUGUUUCAGAAUGCGACGUUGUUUGUCCACAAAAAACAAGGCUACAAAGACGUGACCUUGUGGGAAAAAUGCGAAGUGGAACACCAGAUGAACUUCACGGCGGUUUUGGAAGGGUAUCCUCAUUUGGUUGCGGCGGGAGGUGAGCUCGAGCUGUGAUGGAAGAACUACAAGUUCGGGAAAAUUGACGAUGCAACUAAGUACUUACACGUGGAAUCAAUAGUACGAAAUAGUACACUCAGACGAAGAAGUGGGCUUAUCAUUGCUCUUUCCAUCUCUAAAAACAACUAACUUCUCUCAAAUACCCAAAAAUCUAACGAAGCGUAAGUGAAUGAAUGACAAUCACACCUACAGACACACUUCUAGACAAGCUAGCUUUUCACUAGACGCAGUUCAUCCAAGCUUUUGUAGGAAAUCAGAAUAAAAUGGUACUAACAAACGUCACAUGCAAUUUGAAGCGUAGGAAGGGACAGUGAUGUCCAAAGG